CCCAGCAAGGAGCAACUACAAGGGGCAGCAUUAUGGGCUUUGAAUUAGAUCGCUUUAUUGGGGAAGUGGACCCAGAUUUUAAAUGCAACCUAUGCAACCGAGUCCUGGAGGACCCCCUGACCACCCCCUGUGGACAUGUGUUCUGCGCAGGCUGCGUCUUGCCUUGGGUGGUACAGCAAGGCAGCUGCCCGGUGAAAUGCCAACGAAUCUCUGCCAAGGAGCUCAACCACGUGUUGCCCCUGAAAAGUCUGAUCCUCAAGCUGGAUAUCAAAUGUGACAACCACUCCAGGGGUUGCGACAAGGUGGUAAAGCUCCAAAACCUGGGGGAACACGCAGAGAUGUGCGACUACUCGCCAGCAAAGUGUCGGAAUAAAGGGUGCAAUGAGGUGCUCAACUUAAAGGACAUGGAUGCCCACAUGAGGGAGUUCUGCGAGCACAGGGCAGUUGGCAUCUGCCAGAAGGGAUGUGGGCUUAUGUUGACCUAUAGGGAGCACAAGUCUGGGGAUCACUGCUGUUUGAAGGCAGUAAAAGGGCAGAAUAGUCUUCUCCAGACUAAGAUAACCGGGCUGGAGACUGAACUCAAGAAGAGGGCGCUGAGAUCAAGCAAGAGGGAGAAGUCUCUGCUGUGCCAGCUCUCCACUGUGCAAAAUGAGCUGCAGAUGACAGCACUUAGGUACCAGAAGAAGUUCACAGAGUACAGUGCCAGGCUGGACUCCCUUACUAAAGCAGUGGCUUCUCCUUGCAAGGGAGAAGAGACGACUGCGCUCACUCUCGUUCUCCACCGAGAAUCUGGAUCCCUGGGAUUUAAUAUUAUUGGUGGCCGGUCGUGUGUGGACAACCAAGAUGGUCCCUCCAGUGAAGGAAUUUUUGUUUCAAAAAUAGUCGACAGUGGCCCGGCUGCCAAAGAAGGGGGACUUCAGAUUCAUGACAGGAUUAUGGAGGUAAAUGGAAAGGACUUAUCGAAAGCCACACAUGACCAAGCGGUGGAAGCCUUUAAAACAGCCAAAGAACCUAUUGUGGUGCAAGUGUUACGGAGGACACCUCGCACAAAGAUGUACAGCCCACCCUCCGAUGUCCAGAUGAUGGACACGUGCACACAGACUGACAUAACAUUUGAGCACAUUAUGGCUCUGACCAAAAUGAACUCUCCGUCCCCAUCAGUGUCUGCUCUGGACCCUUAUCUCUUAAAUGAAGAGCAUUCAUCACCUCACGAAUAUUUUGACCCCAACGACUUCAUGGGAGGUUUGCCUCAAGAUAUUGACAGAGAUGAGUUAGAAUUAGAGGAAAUAGACCUGUACAGAGUGAACAGCCAGGAUAAGCUGGGCCUGACUGUCUGCUACAGGACGGAUGAUGAGGAUGACAUGGGGAUUUAUGUCAGUGAGAUUGACCCUAAUAGCAUUGCCGCUAAAGAUGGACGAAUCAGAGAGGGAGAUCGGAUAAUACAGAUUAACGGCAUUGAUGUUCACAACCAUGAAGAAGCCGUCGCCCUCCUCACAAGUGAAGACAGAAAUGUUUUGUUAUUAGUGGCAAGGCCAGAACUACAGCUGGAUGAAGGAUGGAUGGACGAUGACAGAAAUGAUUUCCUGGAUGAUUUACACAUGGACAUGUUGGAGGAACAACACCACCAAGCAAUGCAAUUUACAGCCAGCAUGCUCCAGCAGAAAAAACUUGAAGAAGAUGGCGGAACCACAGACACAGCAACCAUUCUGUCAAACCAGAUUGAGAAAGACAGUGGUGUUGGGCGCACAGAUGAAAGCACUCGGAAUGAUGAGAGUUCAGAGCAGGAUGAUCACACUACAUCAUCAAAUACCCUUGGCAGUCAGAAAAAGCUCAUAUACAGUCAGGACACUUUGGGCAGUGGAGAUAUGCAGUUUAGCAAUGAGUCCUUCAUAUCUGCAGAUUGCACAGAUGCUGACUUCUUGGGCAUCCCCAUGGAUGAGUGUGAGAGAUUCCGAGAACUGCUUGAACUCAAGUGCCAAGUGCAAAGUUCGAACCAACGCUGUAGAUAUUACCAAACCAGCACCAUGGAGACCAACCGGAGUGACCAAGAAAGUGUAGAUCGAGAACUUGAGAUGUUGAAUGAAGAGUUACACAACAUUGAGCUUGAAUGUUUGAACAUUGUACGGGCACACAAGAUGCAGCAGCUAAAAGAGCAAUACAGAGAGUCCUGGAUGUUACACAAUAGUGGAUUCCGAAAUUACAACACUAGUAUCGAUGUCCGCCGCCACGAACUUUCCGAUAUCACCGAAUUGCCAGAAAAGUCAGACAAGGACAGCUCAAGUGCCUACAACACCGGGGAAAGCUGUCGUAGCACCCCACUGACUUUAGAGAUUUCCCCUGAGAACUCAUUACGUAGGAUGGCCGAUGCUGCCAAUUGCCCAAAUGUUGAGGGAGCUGUGGGUAGUUCUAUUUAUAAUACAACCCAGAAGAAUCUGAGAUCAAGCGGAGAGAGCAGAGAGUCCAGCCCUGCCAGGCAUCUCCAACCAUCCAAGGACUCUGACCCAAGCAGCCGACCCUCAGAAGUUAAAGACAAAAAAGUCAAUGAGGUAGGCAAAAGCCUCUCAGAAAAGAACUCCAGCUCAUUUGCACCACAGUAUCGCCACUCACCCUAUAAGCAUGCCCACAUCCCCGCCCACGCUCAGCACUAUCAAAGUUACAUGCAGCUCAUCCAACAAAAAUCAGCAGUAGAGUAUGCCCAGAGCCAGAUGAGUUUGGUCAGCAUGUGUAAAGACCUUCAAAACACUUCAGAAUCCAGGAUGGAAUGGAAAGUGAAGGUACGGAGUGAUGGGACACGUUACAUCACAAAACGACCAGUUAGAGACAAGUUGUUGAGAGAACGUGCCAUUAAGAUUAAGGAAGAGAGGAGUGGCAUGACAACAGAUGAUGACGCCAUUAGUGAGAUGAAAAUGGGACGUUAUUGGAGCAAAGAAGAACGGAAGCAGCAUCUCCGCAAGGCCUCAGAGCAGAGGAAAAGAAGAGAGUUUAUGAUGCAGAGUAGGCUGGACUGCCUCAAGGAGAAACAGACAGCUGAAGACAACAAGGAGGUCAGCAUCAUUGACCUCAGCCACAAAAAGAUGAUGAAGAAGCGCAACAAAAAGAUUUUUGACAACUGGAUGACAAUACAAGAACUGUUAACACACGGGGCGAGGUCUCCUGAUGGUUCGAGGGUCUACAACUCCCUGCUAUCAGUCACAACUGUAUAAAUAGUCCGAAACUGCUGUUUUGGGAUUUUUCGUUUUUCUUUUGUAUAUAACAAACUACCGCUGUGGUAGAAUUCCCCGCCUCGUUCAAUGUGGCAAAUAUGUCUUUGUUUUGUAAAUAUAAGAUAAUUACAGUCACUGUUAAUAAUAGUUUUUUUCUUCUUUUUUAUGAAUAAUAAUUUUACAUCUUGCAAUUUGACUUAUGUAUAUAACCAAUACACAGCUAGGUCAUUUAAGUGAAGCUCCACUUUUGAUAAAGUGUCAAACCUGUCAACUUCAUAAGAUAUUUUUAUCAGCUUUUUUGACAUUUUCAUGUAUUUUUUUCUUUUUUUUUAAACUCUGUACAGUGUAGUAAAAUUAUGGUGCUACAUGGAAACAAUCAACAAGUAUUCUAGAAGCUAAUAAUGGACCUUAUUGCAAGCUUUGCCUCUACGUCAAAGUGUAAACGGGAUAUUCAGCCAAAAGGGGUCAAAAUAAAAAUGUAUAUAAGAAAGCAGCACAUCCAGGGGAAGAAGUAGCUGCCAGCAGGUCUAUGAGGCCCUGGUCCAGGGUCCAAAUGCAGGUCCAAACAAAGAAGUGACCACAGCACACUGGAGUAUCAAAUGUGUAGGUAACUUUUAUUCCAAGAACAUAUAGGUGCAAUGUUUCGGUGUUUUCACAACACCAUUCUCAAGCCAAAUGACAGUGAUCACAGCAAAGUUUAUAUAGAGGAAAUAGAUCAAUAAAUAUAUAAUUGUGAUAAUAAACCAUAACAUCAAUUUAUUAAUACAGUGCUUCAGUAAAUACGUGAUAAGUAAUAGGGGACACCUUAUUAUGUCCAAAGUAAGUGUAGGUGACAUUAAAAACAUCCAACUGUAAACACAGUACAUAUAAAAUCAAGAAUGGAUAGUUGCAAUCAAUUAUUAAGAACAGCUGUAGAUAUUAAAUUUACAAUAUAAGCGGGGGGGGGGGGUGGUGGUUUGUGGCUAAGCUCACCUGGUAUAAUGGUGUCAGUGAGCGUGGGGUAAAACAAACUGCGACUGUGUCACUGCUUGUUUAAUCCUUCACCAUAGUGUGAACCAAUCACAAUCCGGAAUGCAUUGAUCACGGGACCUGUGACAUCACGGUCACGUGAUCCGUGGUCUCGUGAUCCGCUUGCGCGCUAGGAGAUAGGAGUCAGAAAAAGCCAUCUUAGAAUUGUGCAUAAGGAAAAUGGAAUAAGUGCCGUAGUACUGUAGAUUGCGCGCUAGGACAUUUGAGUCAGAAUCAGCCAUCUUGGAAUCGGGCAUAAGGAAACCAAAAAAAAGGUAAAAUAAAUACUGAGGUACUGGCAAGCUAGACCCCAAUCACUGGGAGUCUAAUGCCUCAAUAUAACUGUAUUAAUCCAUCACCAUACAUACUGGAGACUUGCAUCAACGGCACUUGGAUUUCCCCACCCACCAUAGGUUACCCAAUCUGUAACCAGUCUCAAGAGCGAGACCCAGACAGAUAGACAGACAAUGUUAUGGUCCAGGGCUGAACCAGUCCCGGGCCAUUCCCGCGGGGGAACCAACGGUAUUAAGAUUAUACACUUUAAUGUUCAGGGGUGCCACAUUCAUGUUCCACAGGCACACAAGGGGUAUUCUAGCACAGCCCAAAAGCAAAAAAAUAUAAUAAUAAUAAUAAAAAUAAAAUAUAAAAAGAAUAGCAAAAUAACAGUAAAAAUAAAAAUUAUAGGAAAAUAAAUAAAGAAAACGCAAAAAAAAUUAUUAAAAACACAAAAUUAUUUGUGAACUGAUGGCAGUGAUGGAAAAAUGAUGACCCAAGAUGUGAUUGGUCCACAGUGAUGACACAACUAAAAAAAUGUGAAAUAAUCAAGAUUUAUUAAAUAUAUAAAGUACAAGAUAAAGUGAAACAGUCUUGAAGGGUUGUCUUAGCCACCAUCCCCACCCGUGAACUAUAAAAUAUUGAAAAAAAUUAAAUUAGACACUGUUCAUAAAAAUAGACAUUGUAUAUAAAAUUUUACAAUCACAAAUCACAACAACAUACUCUGCAAUUAGUAGUCUAGAGGAUCACCUAUAUGUUCUUGGAAUAAAAGUUACCUACACUUUUGAUACUCCAGUGUGCUGUGGCCACUUCUUUGUUUGGACAUAUAUGCUCACCAUGACUCCAUGAGGCAUCCCAGCUGAUUUAGCUCCCAAAAUUAGACCUCCAUAGCCACCAUAAACAGCCUUUGAAAAUCUGAGUUAGGCAAAAAACUACACAAACCAUGAGCCGUUGCUGCUUGUUUCCUGUGUGAGCUGCAAGAAUGGGCUGCCUCCACAGAGUGAGCGGGUCACGUGGUUAGAGAUGCAGUGCAUAUUGAUGAGGGAGGUGUGUGAGCCUUAGCCAAUCAGGGAUAAUCACACGGCUUACUGAAGCUCAGCUCUCUGAAGCUGAGGACAAGAAAGUGUGAGGUGUAGUCUACACGUAGAUGCUUGUCAUCAUGUGUGAUAAGAUCUGCUGGACUGUCUGCUUGGAGGAAAAGCAGAAAAGCAAAGAGAAACAGUAUGUGCUCAGCAAGGAUUACACUUAAAGGGGCACUCGGGUGGAAAACUUUUUAUUUUUAAAUCAACUGAUGCCAGAAAGUUAAACAGAUUUAUAAAUUAAAAGGUGUAGAAAUGAAGACGGCACUCACCCAGGUAUGUUUGUGCUGACGGUUUCUUUAUUUCAUUUAAUCCGUAAAUUCGUGCUGGGAGGUGUAGUGUCGAGCAGGUAUUAGCGGCAGGAACGCUGGA